CAGCAGCGCCCGCUUAGCCUUAACGUUUAGAGGCAAAGGGGAGGAGCCUUCGCCUUCACUGUUGCGGGCGGGCGCGUCAGCAGGAGUCUUGGUGCGGCUGCGCGGCGGUUGAGCGGCGGAUUCGAACGGUCCCGAGGCUGGCGGGGACAGGAAAGGGCGGUUGGACCCGCGCGUGAACGACCGGCCCCUCCGCGCGCUGCGCUCUCGGCUCCCCGGGGGGCUGUAGCCUGCACGGCGGUGGCGGGGAGGAUGAAGCGAGCGGCGCCCCGCAGCACCCUGCGGAAGCUGAUAAAGAGAUACAAGCCCCAACUUCGUCUGGCGGCCAACGCCGACCUGCUGGUGCAUUUGAACUUCUUACUGUUUCUCCACCGAUUAGCAGAAGAAGCCAGGGCAAAUGCUUUCGAGAACAAGAGUAAAACAAUUAAAUCUGAACAUACCAUGGUGGCAGCAAAGGUUAUCUUAAAGAAGAGCAGAGGCUAGGAAAUCAAGAAGUACUCUCUAAUCCUGCUUGCUUUACCAGUGUAUUUUUAUUAACUCUUUAGUAUCAUGGCUAAGAUCCUCAGUUGGUAUAAAUAAGCAUAAUUUCAUUGAAGUCAGUACAGCUACACUGCUUUACCUUUGUUGAGGAAUUGGACUUAUGUUCUUAAGAAACAUCCAUGUUUACAUGUGAUGUGCAUUCCUUUUUACGUGAGUCUCUUACCAAAGCACAAGGCAAACACUUGUGGUGAAGGUAAUUAUUAUUUUUUUUUUUUUUUAUAAUGUAAGUUUUCGGUUGCAUCUUCAACUAAAAUACUGGGAAAAGCCUAUAGCAUUUCCCUUCCAUGUGUUUAUGGUAGUUGUAUUCCUGAUAUAUUAAUCAUUCUAAGAGAGACUUAUUAAUGAGGAGUUUACGCUAAAUGUCAGGUUAGUUUUUGUUAUAGCAGCAAAAUGUUGGCUUCUUAAAGAAGACUGACAGUCUGAAAAUGUUGCAUCAAAUAUCUUGGUUUCAGAUUGUUUAUAAAUAUCUAGUUUCAGAGCCUUAAUUCUUGAAAUAAUUUUAAAGAACAGCACAAGUUACUUAAAUAAACCUUCUAUAUUUUUUGGGACUGGUAAUGGGAUAUGGAACCUUUAUUUUUAGGUGGUGUCCUGACUUCUCCCAAAAUUGCUCCAUUGACUGUCCUGUGGUUUACAUCAAAUGAGCUGAUGGUCUUAAUUUAGGUCCUUUUGGACAGGUGCACUUCAUAAAAACAACCACUACAACUGACAUCAGUUGCUAUGCUUGAAGUUAGACCUAGAAGAGGAAUCAAGGAUCAGCCGGGCAUGGAUACUAUGCUGCUCUCUGCCUUCAUUUCUCUGGGUUGAAUCUCAGUGGUGUGUGGAUAUGGUGUAUAUAUUUUACAUAUAUAGUGCUUCAAUUUCAAGUGUCUAGAAUCCUUAUGAAACUAAACUUUUAAAAAUAUAGACUUGUAUCUUUAUUCUUUCGUGCAAUAACACUUCUUUUGUGUUGCUUUGUGAUUUAUGUAACAUUAGUUAACAGUGCUUCAUGUGUGCAUAUCAGUUAAUUAUUUUUCAUUGAACAGAAAAAAAUAAAGACUUUUUAUACAAUG